CCACCGUAUAUAAUAAACCCUUAGGGUUCACUCUCGGAGCCGUCCAGGCUGCUCCUUUCGUUCCGCCGUCGCGCUUGAUCUCCUUGUCCAAGGAACCCACGUUGCUUAUCGAUCAUGGCGGAACAGACGGAGAAGGCAUUCCUUAAGCAGUCAAAAGUGUUUCUUUGCUCGAAGAAAACUGGAAAGGGGAAGAGGCCUGGCAAGGGUGGAAACAGAUUUUGGAAAAGUAUCGGGCUUGGGUUCAAGACCCCAAAAGAAGCUAUUGAAGGGACUUAUAUUGAUAAGAAAUGUCCAUUCACUGGAAAUGUAUCAAUUAGGGGCCGGAUUUUAGCUGGUACAUGCCAUAGCGCCAAGAUGAACAGAACCAUCAUAGUACGCAGAAACUAUCUUCACUAUGUGAAGAAAUAUCAAAGGUAUGAGAAGCGGCACUCAAAUAUUGCUGCGCAUAUUUCUCCUUGCUUCCGAGUGAAGGAAGGUGAUCACGUUAUCAUAGGCCAGUGCAGGCCAUUGGCCAAGACUGUGACAUUCAAUGUGUUAAAAGUUAUUCCAGCUGGAUCAACAAGCGGAGGCGGAAAGAAGGCUUUUGCUGCAGUUUGAAGAAUCUCAUGCAUUUUUGGUUGCCAACAAACAGGCCGGAGCUAGAUAGAAGGAACUUUAAUCUGGAUGAACACUGUUGGGUUCUUUUAGUUUAGAACUACUUAUCGUUCUCUUUUUGCUGGAACCGUGCAAGGUUGAUUGUUUAAAUUCCUUUGGAUAACUUGUGUUCUUAAUUUCCAUCAGAUGGUAGCUCUUACUUUGAUCA